UGAGCAAGAGAUCUAUUAUAUGAACAAAAAAAAAAAAAAAAAGGGUGGGGGAAAAGGACCUGCCAAGGGUUCCAUUUUCCAAGUCUCACCGACUCACUCGCCCCUCAAUCGGUAAUUCACCAAAAUGCCACUCUUCUCUCUCCGGACAUCUCCCUCUCUCCCUCUCAGCUUCUCCUCUUCCUACUCCUCCAAAACCGUCAAGCCACAAAAACCAAAUUUUGUUGUUCCCGCCACUCGCAUUCCCUUGCCCAUUCCCGUCUUUUCCAUCAUCUGCCUCUUUAUCGGCCUUGCCGGGACUUUAUUCGCCGUCGCUGCCCUACGCCGUCCUGUACCUGUACCCAUUUUCCGAUGCGGAAAAUCUGAGGACACUUUCCGGGCAUUCUACUCGGCUUCCCAUUCUCGGCAGCUUGGGAACAAUGGAGGCUUGGUUGAUCGGCCUAAGCUUCUUGGGUUCGUCGGAAUUCAGACAGGGUUUGGCUCCUGUGAUCGCCGGGCGGCGUUGCGCAGCACUUGGUUCCCAUCUGAUCCAGAUGGGCUUUUGAGGUUGGAACAAGCUACUGGUUUAGCUUUUAGGUUUGUUAUUGGACGAACAAAAGAUGCAAAAAAGAUGGCACAGCUUCACAAAGAAGUAGAGGAGUACAAAGACUUCAUGAUUAUUGAUAUUGAGGAAGAGUAUUCAAAGCUUCCAUACAAAACGUUGGCAUUUUUCAGAGCAGCGUUUUUGCUUUUUGAAGCAGAUUAUUAUGUCAAAGCUGAUGAUGACAUUUAUCUGCGUCCAGAUCGACUCGCAACUCUUCUUGCUAAGGAGCGGACGCAUUCACUAACCUACAUUGGGUGCAUGAAGAAAGGUCCAGUUAUCACUGACCCUAAGAUGAAAUGGUAUGAGAAGUCAGGUCAUUUGAUUGGAAGUGAAUACUUUUUGCAUGCUUAUGGUCCUAUUUAUGUUCUGUCUGCAGAGGUGGUAGCUUCGUUGGCAACUGCUAGAAAUAACAGUUUGAGAAUGUUUAGCAAUGAGGACGUCACAAUUGGAUCGUGGAUGCUUGCUAUGAAUGUUCAGCAUGAAGAUAACCGGGCAAUAUGUGAUCCUCGAUGUACACCUACAUCCAUUGCAGUGUGGGACAUCCCAAAAUGUUCAGGUUUGUGCAACCCAGUUAGUCGACUGAAAGAACUUCAAGCAAUAGAUAUGUGCUCCAAAAGUCCUACCCUGCCUCCAGAUGAUAGAUGAUGCCGGUUUUCAGACUAUGAACUACCCUUCGAAUGCAAGUAAUUCAUGAAGAUUAGCUGGUUUGAUGACAACCCCAUGUUUGUUGGAAGAGAACGCAGGAAAAAAGAUGCAUUCAUUCAAAAGAAAUCUGAGGGUCGUUACGAAUAAUAAAAAUCAUAGGAAUAGCCACUUGUUGUUACAAGCCAUAUAUUGUGACAAUGUGAAAUCCCAUAGCAUUCGUAGAUAGUUACAUUUCAAUAUCGAGUUGGAUUAACAAUGUACCAUAUCAACAGCAGGGCCUGACCAACUAUAUUUGUAGCAUCUGAGGAGAAAAAGAAUCGGCCUUUUAAAUGUAGUAUUCUUUUAUAUAAAUUAGUUAAUGUCUGUUUAUUAUA